AUGCAUGGUGCAGUUAGCAACCAAGCCUAUGUCGCUCAAGGCACCUCACGUGUUAGCAGGCGACCAACGACAGACAAUAUUAACAAAUUAAAUAAAACAAAUGAUAUAGCGCCUACGAUAAGGUCAAGAGGAGCCCGAAGAUGGGAAGAAACAUCAGAAGUGGUUGAAUCCAGCACUUCUCGAAUAAGAAGUAGAAGUAGAACGCUCGAACAUGUCUCAGGCAAAGUUGAACCGCAGCCUCAAUCGGGACAAAACCAACAAUUUGAAUCAAGGAGGUCAAACAGUCGAACUCGAAAACCUUUAGAAAGAGAAUUGUCUUCAGAAAGAAAUUUAGACAGAGAAAGUGUUAUUCGUGGACGAUCACGACAUAAUGGAAGAAAAUAUUCUCAAGUAGAAGAACCCAUAACUCCUUCGAAUAGAAUUACAACAACGGUAGGACCACGCACUGUAGAGAAUAAGUCAGAAAUAACCAAACUAAAUGAAAUUCAACCUACAAGUGAAGCUAGAAUUAGUGAUCAGCUCAGAAGAAGAAGUUCUACUGUUAGUACAAUGGAAGAGGCUACUUCAUUUCGACCUCGCGGACGCAUUGAUACGAGAAAGAAUUCAAGACCUAUCGAUUUAGAAGUUGCUGGAACUACAAACACUUUUACUGCAGCUGUCAGAGAACCCAUUACAAAAAAUUAUGAUGCAAGGAAUUCGAGGAAAUUGCGGUACAAAACAAGAACUUAUGAAAUCGAUACUAAUCUUACCGGAGAAGGAAUUACAGUUUCAAGCGAAGUCCAAAAAUCUAGUCAAAAAACGGAGACAGCUAGUCAAACAGAAAUGAACGACACAAUACUAUUGAGUACAACGACCACUGAAACAACAUUAGUCAAUCAUCAAUCUAGUUCUGAGAAAAAUUUGGCGAAGACAAGCACACUAAAAUCGAUGAAAAUAGUAAGACGACCCGUAACGCGUAGCAAUAGUUAUUCGAAAUCAGCGGAGGCUAAUAGUCAAUCGAAAAUGUCCGAUGAAAUAAGCGAAGACGAUAAUUACCCGGAGAGUUUUAAGGCUUUGAUACAAGCAAGAAAUGCGACACAACCAAACUCUCCAUCAAGCGAGAGUUUGUCAGUGAAAGCAUCACAAAGGGUUUCAAAAAAUUACGUAUCACCUACACAAACAUUCAGCACGAAUCGAGGCACUGACAGCAAUUCUCGGCUUCGAAAAAAACUGAAAACUGAAGAAAAUUCAAAAGACCUACAAAUCGCAGCAUCCGAAUCAAGCACAACUGUUGUUACGACGACCACCUCCAAACCAACUCAGAGAGGUUCUACGAGUAUAACAACUCCCGAUUUGCCCAAACCCAGAUCAGUUACAUAUCGUCCACGAGGUUCUUAUCUGCCUAGAAGCAGUAAAUUAACUAGAUUUCCCCCUACUACUGAAGUCACAAGGCCUAGUACUGAAAGACAGUACAAGUUUAGUAGAAAACUUAAAAACGCUACAGAACCAUCGAAAACGGAUAUAACUCUAAAGACUAAACGCUUGGAAAAUUCGCCACCAAAGAAACAAGUAAUUCGUUCUUCACUAUUUACAAGAAAAAAUGAUCCUUUUAACAAUAAUAUCACUGUAAUUCCUCUAAGUGACAAUCGUAAAAAUGAUCGAGUGCAAUCAGCUAGUCAUUUUAAAGCAAGAAGAACGUUACCGAGCACAUCAUAUUACUCUCGGCUAAAAAAUAACACAAACACAUCUACAAUUGAAACCAAAGCAAACACUGAAACUCCUAUAGCUGAGAAAAAAAUUGAAAGCUCUGCUGGAUUACCCCUAAUAUUUACUUAUCUUAACAGCCCCUCUAAGAGCGAUAAUUAUCGCAAUGACAACGAUAAAAAUACCACCACAAUAGCUUAUGGUGAAGAAUCUCCCGACAACGUAACGGAAAAUGAGGUUUUAAAUAAAGUUGAAGAAAGUGAAAGUAAAGUUGUCUUAAACACUGAAACUACCACCCAAAAAUAUCAUGCUAAUUAUAAAGAAGACCCCAAUUUUACGGUAAACGAAAGAGCCGCAACCUCAGCUACGCCAGCGAUAAGAAAUAUCCAGACAAGAAAAUAUGGAAGGAAACCUGGAAAAGUGAAAGAACAAGGAAAUAAUUCAACAGUAAUUUUCAAAACAAAGGAAAGAAACAUCCGAAAGUAUGGUGAUAAUUUUUCUAAGACAACAGAAGCUCCUGAAAACAGUAUAAAACAAGAACCUGAAAAACCUAAACAUAAAUUUAGUUCAAAAUACAGAGCUUCUUAUUUAGAUAAGCCUUUUUACAAACCUACAGUACCCACUGUAACACCAACAGCUGCAUGGCUGAAACUCUUCGUGACUGAUGAGUACAAGGUCGUCGAUGACCCGACGUUGUUUGGAAAUGACUUUUUCAAUGCCACAACGGAAAUUAUAUCAAGAAUGAACUUCACAUCCCCGAUAUAUUCACACGAAUCAUCCAUAGAAUUGGUAGAGGGAGAAGAAACACUAUUAGGGCCCGACAUGAAUGCAAUAACCAUAACUAAGAAUCGCCGUCCUCUGUCGUCAGCUGAUUUGAGGCUUUCUGAGAGCUUGGCGAAACCCUUACAAGUAUUAAAUGUUGAAGCAUCACAACAUUCACCUUCAGUCACAGUGUCUAUAUUUGAUGCUUUAGCCGAAAUACUCACGUCUACUCCUAAGCCUCGAAUUUCGACAACAACCGAAAUAUUAUCCAAACAAAACAACGAAAUCAAUAUAAUGCAUACACUUGACGGCGUGAGUAGCAACAUUAAUGUAAAUAGUGUCACGGGCUUUGCAAAUCAGGAAACGGUAACAUCAAAGGACAAUAAUGUAAACACAAAUGCUAAGUUUGUACAAACCACUGAACAGAUUGUGUUUAACAGUUUGCCGGUUGGGGAAAAUGUUACAAAGUCACUAAAAGCUGAGGACGAAAAAACAACAUCUUUUACCUCUCCUAAGACAUUUCCUACUACUCCUUUUACUCCGACGACUCCUCUUUCUGCAAGAAAACCAUUCGCUAUUAAAGUACUGUAUUCUGAGACUGAAUCACCAGACAAAAGAACGACUGCUGCUACUGGUAUUUAUGCGGGAUCGACUGAUAGACCAAAAAUGGUAUAUAACAGUAUAUCUGAUCUUUUGUUAUCUAAUAAUGGACUAGUAUCAUCCGGACUAACAAGCAUGUUAUCGAAUAACAUUAGAAGCAUAAUUCAAAAUAUGGACGAGGAAAGUAAAUCUAGAUUAUCAGUAGGUAUGACUAAUUUAUUGAAUUCUUUGAGUCCCGGUGCUUUGAAUAAUACCCAAAUAGUAGAUGAUGAUAGUUCUCCUGCGAUAACCACACCUUACAGUUUGGAGGAUAUUAAAGAUACUGAAAAUUUUGAUAUUUAUGUUGAAUCAUCAAAUGAAAAUAACAUCCUUCAAAAUGUUGGUGUUGAGACUACUGUAAAUAGUAUAGAAAUACUUUCAAAUACUAAUAGCAUUGCUACUACUGAAAGUCCUAUCCCUGUAAAUAGAUUUUCUACUGAAGAAAUAUUAUCUGAAUCAAGUAGUAUUAAUUCUUUAAGCGAAAAUAGUUUUCAACGAGAUUUUAACAUACUAACAACUACACGUACUACAACGACGUCACGAGAUAUAGAAUCGACUACAAGGUCAUCCGAUACAAUCUCUACAAAUGUAAAUAUUGAACAGCAAAAUGUCGAUAAUUUAACUCCAACUAACAAACCGGAGCCGGCUUUUACAAAUCCUCCACAAGGCCCCACUCUUGAUUUAUUUUAUUCCCAACUUCAGCUGCCUUCCUCCUCGACAAAUUUACUUAUGAUUCCACAAGAAAAAAAAGAUGGCCUUCCAAACCCAAAUCAAGUAUCUCAACUCCAACUAUGGAUAUUAUCUAAAAAAGCUCGUGUCUUAAAAAUGAUUGAAGAUCUCUUACGCGAACAUAAUAACGAUAUUGCUAAUCCACCUUUUAAAGAUAACAUUCAAAGUAUAAAUAAAUCAAAUGUAUCAUUAUCUAGUCGGUUAACUGAAAUUAUGACUACAAUGGACUCAACGACGGAUACUCCUGACUCUGAUGUAACUGAACAAACUACAAUGAACACUCCUGAAAACCCUACUCCUAUACCUACAAGUCCUAUAGCGCCCUUUACAACUACCUCAUUUCCAGAAACUACUUUAUCCAAUCUAGAAUCUAUUUUGACUCAAAGUCCAUAUUCAAAUUCAUUCAUGAAUGUAGCUACUACUGAUAUACCAUCAGAAAUGGCUAGCAAAAUUGCUGAUGUUUUUACCAACGACAAUUCAUUCUUACCUACAACAGUUUCCAAUAUUGAAGAGCUUAUUACUAAUGAAGUUUCAAAAGAACGAGUGAAUGAUACAUUAGAACUCAUAUCAAGUACUACAAGUUCUGAGUCAAAAGAUGAGCAAACACAAACAGAGACCAUAAGUUUAUUUAGCACAACGGCAGUUAGCAAUGUGGACGAAACAACUUCAUCAGGUAUUGAAACGACCACAGCUAAAGCUGUAUUAAAUGACAACAAAACAAGUGAUUGCUUAACAACUAGCAAUAUACUAAACGUAGCCACUCGACCAUCAAUUCCAAAAAAAGAUUUUGUCAUUUUUGGAAUACUGCCUAAUAAUACAGUGGUACGUAAAGACCCUAACGAUAAUCCACUGGAAGCAUUAACAGAAGCGAGUCCAUAUAUCAUUUACGGCGUACUACCAAAUAACACAAUAAUACGCAGGUUCCCAAAUGGAACUAGAGUGCCACAGAUCAUGCAAAAAAUUGACGUACUUCCAAUCAGUCCUUGGAGUCUAAAAAAUCCAUACAGCCCUAUCCAUAACAUUCCGGCCAUUGUCAGACCACAGUCUAACCCCAUCCGAGUUUCCACUAAUACUGUGAUAUCCACAGACACAUCAAAUAACGAAAAGGAAAACAGUUUAACCACCGACACUGUAAAUAACCUGCAAAUACCCUCAUCGGCACUUAAUAUAAACGAUAGCAGUUCAUUGGGUAUAACAACUACCUCCACACAGCUACUCGCUGAAAAAAGCACUGCCUCGCAUGUUUUAAGUUUACGCACAACUACAAUGUUACCUUCUGUCGAUGAGAUUCUGCUUAAUAGUAUAUCUUUGGCGACUAAAGAGGAAAUGGUCAUAUCUUCCAUGACGAGUUCAACUCCUGAACCGAGAAUAUUAACACUGGAUAUCGAUCCGGAGACUAAACAAAUACGAACCGAAAAACCCAACGAUGGCAGCGGAAACACUGUUUUUAAAUUUAUUCCAAUUGAAGACGUCACAGUGCCAUCUUCACAAGAAACUAACGUAUUAAAAUUGGCAUCUCCUAAAACUCUAAAACCAACAACAUUUGAUAGUUUACAAACAACUAUCGCUAGUACAACUGAAGUAAAUACACAAACACCACAAAUACAAACGAAUACAGAACCAAGUGUUGAAAUAACAUCCACUACGCAAACGUUGGCAGCAACACCAUUUAAAAUAAGCACUGACGCUCAAAAUAAUGAAUCUGUUACGCCAGAGUUCAAUGAGCCAAUAUUUACAACAGAUACAAAAACAGCUAUGAUAGAGAAUGCCAUAACUGAAAAGAUACCAUCCAGUACAGAACCAAGUACUGUGAUGCCAACUACAGACUCAAUAACUACUAAUAAUGAUGUAAAAUUUAGUGCUGAUUUAUAUACAACAACAGAGGUGGUUACUGAUUUUACGCUUCCAUCGACUACAUACCGAAUGCCAACUGCGACAUCAAUACCAACUGCAAGUGCGACCAAUUCAAUUUAUCAAACUCAAACUAACACCCCGCUGACACAAACAGAACGCAAUGCCAAAAAUUUGGCGGGCUUUAAUAACGCUCAAGUUCUGCAAAAUCAGCAAGAAGAAAAUGCAAAACUAUUACAAGCUCUUUUACUCGCUACCGGACAAAAUACCAAUAGCGCUAAGCCAUCUAAUUCUAGAUCAAAAUCACAAACAACCACCUCUCGUUCAAUUGAAGAUGAUAUACGACAGUUCGAAGAAGAUACUAAAUUAUUAAAGGCAUUGUUACAAGCAACUGGAAGGGAUCCUGCUUCUCUUAAUAUACCAUCGUUAAAUGACAUCAAAUCGGCAAUAACUACAGCAAAACCUGUAGAACCAACCACGACUUUUAGUACAACAACAACAGAACAGCCUACUACACAAACGAGCACAACACAAACAAUAUUUACGAAACCAACGCAAUCUGUUAACGACGAAAUUCAGAGAUUACAAGAAGAUACUAAACUUUUACAAGCGUUACUGCAGGCCACUAGCAACAAGAAUAUCGGAAACAUGCCUAUAAUAUCUGGUUUAACAUCUAAUGUUAGAAUAGCAUCUAACCCACUAACGACGUCAAUGGAAACGAAAUCGACUACUGCUUUUAAUGUCAGACCCGUAUAUACAACAACAAGAGCACCUUCAACCACCACUGUUAGGUCGCAAAUUAUUACUGUGUCCACUUUACAGCCCACAACAGAAGAUAUCGGUAUAUCUACCACAUUCCGUCCUGUAAAUGUAAAGGCACCCACAACAACAAAAAACCGUCCAACAGUCACAACUGAAAUCCCUAGUAGCUCUACAUAUUCAGAUGAAGAGGACCUUCUUUUCCUACAAAAUUUGAAAUCAGUCCUCAGUACAAAUCAAAAUGAAGACCCAGAAACAGCGCUUGCAAAUCGUGUUAUAGCACUAGCUGUUGAACGAAGUCUAAAUGAAAUACAGGUUGGCAAAAGUGUAGGAACAACAAAGGUAAUGACGACAACAACACCAAUACCGACAACGACGACGGUGAGAACUACAACCACUAGAGCCACCACCACUCGCGCCACAACCACACCGCCUCAAAACAUUCCAUCCAUAGAGAACGAUAUCAAACAACUCGAACAAGAUACGAAACUUUUACAAGCUCUUUUAAAAGCGACUGGACAAGAUCCAUCCAAAUUCAAUAUUCCAACGCUGCCUACUACAAGUGUGAGUCCACAAAUUCCACAACACAUAAAUGAUGAUUUAGAGCUUCUAUCAAAUUUGCUUGCUUCGCCCUCGCCUCUGAAUGAACCCUUUGAUCCUCUAACGCAGAGACCUGCCGAUAUUCAAACGACACCGAAGAUUCCGACAACUACGAGUCCAAAUGUGAAAAUAGCCGUAAAGGAUGAUUUGAGAAAUGAACAAGAUGAUGCUAAACUGCUUCAAACAUUGAUAAAGUUGCAAGACGCUCAGGAAACAACAACGAUAAGGAAUAAAUUAGCAAUUACAGGACAUUCACCAGACGAAGCUUUAAAGAAAUUGAUACAGAAAACUCAGCCCGGAAUGAUGUCAGAGUCCACCAAACCGUCGAUGUCCCUGAGUACAGAGUACGGAAAUAGCAACGACGCACUUCUAGCAGCGUUAUUGAAGGAGCAAGGUUUCGGUCCGACCACGGCAAGUUCUUUGGACGAACAAAUCCGUCUCGCUGCAUUACUGAACCAAGUGGUCGUGACGCCGAAGGCUCGGCGGACGACUACUGUACCGCCGCCGCCUGCGCCACGGAGGCCCAUACUAGAUGGCUUGGCUUGGCUGUGGCAGCAGUGGAGGGACACGGCGCCAGGCUCCGCGGGUCCUCAACCUUCCAGGCCGACACUACCGAGACAGCAGGCGGCGCAACCUCCGUCGACGUCCACCAGUUCAAGAGUGAAUUGGUUCGGCUCCGGGCCUUUCGUCGGUAAUGCUGAUGAAAGGCCCUCAAACAGAAUACCCCUGGAGCCACCUAGCGCUGUGGAACAGCCACCGGGAAGGGGUCAAUUAGUUUCAGCGGCCAUCAACGUUACGAGGGCAUUUUCACAGUUCUUAGGAGCGGCGAUACAGGUAUUGUGCAAACACCACACACUGUUGAUGAAAAGCUUCUUCAAAUGGGAGGGAAAUAUGGACGACAAAUCUGUGCUUAUGAAGGAGGGCGGCAAAUUACCAGCGACCGAAAAUACGUAG